AUGGGUGAUAAGGACCCAGAGAAGAAUACAAGUCAUCCACCAGAGACGCCUUUGACGCCUCUACAGCCAAUUCAGGAACAAGAGAGCAGCACCGAAGAGUCGGGAUCUUCAUCCACCGCAGUUUCAGGCGAUUCAUCUAGCCCACCACAUGAUAAAACCCAGAGAUCACCCCCAUCUCGUCCGCAUCUGAGUCUCCAUAACCAACCGCCGUUCAGUCCACGCUCUCCACGAAAUGGCCAAUUACCACCGACUCCCGCACGGGAUCAGCCCCAAACCCCCUUAGAAAGAGCUGCGAUGAGCAGGCAUCCGACCGAAUCCGCCAGUACCUAUGAUAGACCACCGAACCCACAACGUAUCAGCCGCGGUCCGCCUAACUCCCUCGCCGGCAGAAACCCAUACGAUCCGACACCGCGCCAGGGAGAGGUUUAUAUGGACCCUGAAUACCAGCAGCUCAAUCCACGCUAUGGUAACCAGAACGAAACCCCGGUGUGGGGUCUCGCAAAACCGCUCCCCCGCGUGGUCCGACCGGGAAUGCGCCGUGGCCGCAGCAGCCAGCAGGAGGCAUACCAAGCCGAGCCUCCAGGUGACAGUCAACCUGCUCCUGCGCUGGAUAACACUCCCGGUCUAUCAAACAGGCAAUCGAACACGAGCCAGCGAGCUGCCCCAGCCAGCUAUUCGUCUGCGGCGCAGCAGGAUGUACCCAAAGAGCAUGCCAUCUAUGCGCCGCAACCAGAUGGCCUGCUUCGACCGAUGGAGUCUGAACCUAGCCAGGGUGAUUUAGGCCAGAGACCUGAAAUGCCUGCCAAUGAGGCCGAUAUGCAGCAUGAACAGAAGGAAGAAUUUCUCAACCAAUGGGUGAAGAUCCGGCACUAUAUGAAAGAGCCUUUUGCGGAAUGCCUUGCUACCGCCGUGGCUGUCUUCAUAGGCCUGACGGGUACGCUGGCCGUAACGACCGCGGGCGAGAAGGCAGGAAGUAAGUUAUCCGAGAACUGGUCGUGGGGCCUGGGCUUCAUGAUCGGGAUUUACCUCGCGGGUGGUGUGUCUGGUGCACAUCUCAACCCUGGGAUCUCGAUUGCGCUCUGGAUCUUCCGUGGCUUCCCCGGCCGAAGAUGCUGCUACUAUAUCGCCGCCCAAUUUGUUGGGAGCCUCAUCGCAGCUGGCCUCGCUUAUUGCAUCUACCGCGACGCGAUCCUGCAUCUGGCACCCACACUACCAGCAGAUGCCUCGGGGCUUGGGUUUUAUACCGGCCCAAUGAACUAUGUCAGCUCCGUGACGGCCUUCUUUACGGAAUUUGUCGGCGAUGCGAUUCUCCUAUGUGUGAUCUUCGCCCUGGGUGAUGAUGGGAAUGCACCGCCCGGAGCAGGUAUGCACUCGUUCGUGAUCGGAUUAGUGAUUUAUGUGCUGUGUAUAUCACUCGGCUACAAUGAUGGAGGGUGCUUCAACCCGGCCCGCGACAUCGGACCGCGGCUAGUCGCUCUGAUGGCAGGGUACGGGAGAACAACUUUCGUCGACCGUGGGGGAUGGUGGUUCUGGGGCGGCUGGGUUGCGACGAUCAGCGGAUCUCUUGCAGGAGCUGCAUUAUAUGACAUUUUCAUAUUCAUUGGUGGCGAAUCGCCGAUUAACUACGCACCCCGGCGGAGGAGAAGAGCGAGGUUGAAGAAGGAGAACAAAUGGAGGAAGAGAUUGGGUAUUGGAAAGGAGAAGGUGCCGUCGCUGGAGGAGGGCAUCAAAAAGCUGGAACAUGAACAAUAA